GGCUGAGGCCCCGGCGGGGGCGGGCCGGGCGGAGCGGGGCCGGGGCGGGGCCGCUGGCGUUUCCGUUGCUUGGAGCAGUCUGGGUGCAGCUGCCGAGCUCCUCCGCCCGCAUCCCUGCCGUGCCCUGCGCUCCGCCGCUCUCCGGGAGGUUCAGGGCACUCGGGUCCCCACUGUCUGGCCCUGCAUCCCUUUCUCCUGACCUGACGAGUCGCCAUGGAACAGCUUCGCAAAGGCACCGUGAGUGACUUCCCUGGAUUUGAUGAGCGGGCGGAUGCAGAAACUCUUCGGAAGGCCAUGAAAGGCCUGGGAACCGAUGAGGAGAGCAUCCUGACUCUGUUGACAUCCCGCAGUAAUGCUCAGCGCCAGGAAAUCGCUGCGGCUUUUAAAACUCUAUUUGGCAGGGAUCUUCUGGAUGACCUGAAAUCAGAACUAACUGGAAAAUUUGAAAAAUUAAUUGUGGCUCUGAUGAAACCCUCUCGGCUUUAUGAUGCCUAUGAACUGAAGCAUGCCCUUAAGGGAGCUGGGACCAAUGAAAAAGUCCUCACAGAAAUUAUUGCUUCAAGGACACCUGAAGAACUAAGAGCCAUAAAGGAAGUUUAUGAAGAAGAAUAUGGCUCAAGCCUGGAAGAUGCUGUGGUGGGGGAUACUUCAGGGUACUACCAGAGGAUGUUGGUGGUUCUCCUUCAGGCAAAUAGAGACCCUGAUGCUGGAAUUGAUGAGGCUCAAGUCGAACAAGAUGCUCAGGCUCUGUUUCAGGCUGGAGAACUUAAAUGGGGGACAGAUGAAGAAAAGUUUAUCACCAUCUUUGGAACACGAAGCGUGUCUCAUUUGAGAAGGGUGUUUGACAAAUACAUGACUAUAUCAGGAUUUCAAAUUGAGGAAACCAUUGACCGGGAGACUUCUGGCAAUUUGGAGCAACUACUUCUUGCUGUUGUGAAAUCUAUUCGAAGUAUACCUGCCUACCUUGCUGAGACCCUCUACUAUGCUAUGAAGGGAGCUGGGACAGAUGAUCACACCCUCAUCAGAGUCAUGGUGUCCAGGAGCGAGGUUGAUCUGUUUAACAUUAGGAAGGAGUUUCGGAAGAAUUUUGCCACCUCUCUUUAUUCCAUGAUUAAGAGUGAUACAUCUGGGGACUAUAAGAAAGCCCUCCUGCGGCUCUGUGGCGGAGAAGAUGACUAACGUGCCACCAGGAGAGAGUCCCUGCUCUGUGUCUGCUCAGCCCCACUGCCUCCCUUCAGCACGUCUAGCUGCACCUGUAUGCCAGCGCUUAGCACAUCGCCUUAUUCACACUAGUAUGCUAGCGACCAAAGUAUGUGUCGUAGGAGAAAACAGCGGUGCUUCCUGCUGAUCUUCGGUCGGGAUCUUACUAUCUCUUUGGCUGCUGUAGUACCAAAGUGUACUUAUGUUACUAAGUCUAACGUGUGGAUCAUUUGUAUUUUCCUUUAAGAGGUUAGAUUGCUUUUAGCCCUUUUAAAAACAUCUUUUAUAUUAAAUUGAUAACCGUUUUACCUUAAUCGGAACCUUAGCCUUGAAAUUGUGAACUCCUAGAAGCGUUAUUAGUCAAGUUUGCUACUAAACCUGCAGAAUUAUGGUGGUUGUAGUCAAAAGAUUAACAAAAAAUAAACAUUUCCUUCUCCCUGAA